ACAGUGCUCGGUGCACGCGUCGGGACAGGACGGAGAGAGCGGUGCUGUGAGGAGCCCCCGCACAGCCAGCUCGUUCCUUGCUGACCCGGAGCUUUCCCGAAGUGCUACCUGUGCAGGUGACCUCGAGGCCAGACUGCGGGACUCGGCGAGCCGGAGCAUUUCCAAAGCGUCUGCCGUCCCUGCGGCCGCUGCCCUCGAGGACAGACUGCAGGACUUACUGUCCUUCAGCCUUCCCAAGGCUUCUCUGUUGCAGCUGUGCUUUCAAGGCACACCUGCAGCACUUGAUCUUUGAGUUUUUCCCAGGCAUCUCUCCUGCAGGCCCUCCAAACUCCUAACAGAGACAUGGAGCAGACACCUCCCAGGGUGCCCAAGCUGGCCUGGGUGAAGGAGGAGGAGGAGGAGGCUGCAGCUACCUCAGCACAGCAGCCUGGAGAGCUGGAGCAGCUCCAGCUGCUGCAGGAGGGUGCAGCCAUGGACUGGACACAAGAGCAGGACCCUGCCCGUGGCCGCUUCCGCAGAGCAGCGCAGAUGAUCUGUGAAUUCAUCGUGCGCGUUUGGCGGGAAGAGACCACCGGUGUGGGCACUGGGCCUUCGGCAACCUUGCACCUCUUCAGUGCUGAGACCAGUGCUGCCAUGCUGGAUUUGCUUGUGGAGAAGGGUGUCUCCAAUCCAAAGCAAGUGCCAGCCAUGGUGAGGUACAUCCACAAGUGGCUCACGGCCAAUGAGUCUGCUGGGCACAGGCUGGACAAGGCCCUGCUGGAGCUGACCAAGGAACACCCCUAUGAUGUGCUCAUGACUCUCUUGCGCUGGGCCCCAUCGGGUGACAGAGCUGCUGCGGCCAUGUGGGGGGUGAUCCUGACCUCCACGGGGACUGCGGAGCCGGCGCUGCAGAUCCUCAUCACUGUGCUGAGCGCCUGGCCAGUGGACACCUCUGUGUACACCUCUGAUGGGGACAGCACAGGAGUCUUUGCUCUGGCUGCAACCGUGACACUGUGGAAUGUCUUCAACUGGACCUGGUGCCCACCUAUAGUGUUGGAGUACUCCCCCUCUCUCUUUCUGCGUCUGCUCUUCCAAGCUUUCAUCAGCACACUGUAUACACCAGAGGUGGUUGAUACCUUCUGGAAGGAAUGCCAGGAGCAACUCGGCCUUGCCACCAACCCCCCAAAGGUGCUCCAUCCCAGUCCCGCCAGUCUCCCCAUCCCUCCCAUGCCCUAA